AUGAUGCGGGCCGCCGCCCUGGUUGGCGCGUACAACGUCACAGUCAUCGACAUGCCUGUGCCUGUGCUGCAGAACUCCACAGACGCCAUUGUCCGCAUCACUGCCUCGGCCAUCUGCGGCUCUGACUUGCAUUAUUACCAUCAGGGACUGGGCUCCCCAGGCAGGCCCGUCCCAAUUGGCCAUGAAGCCAUUGGUUAUGUAGAGUCCAUCGGCGAUGCGGUUCAGUCUCUACAAGUGGGCGACUACGUCGUAAUCCCAGACAACGUGGACGACGGCCAUUUCACCUUCGGACCUGACUUGCCUCACUCAUACGGCGGUCCUGACCUGGGUGGCACUCAAGCCCAAUACGUCAGAGUCCCAUUCGCCGAUGAUAGUCUCAUUCCAGUCCCGGUCAAUGCGACUACAGAUGAUGCUACCUUGAUGAACUAUCUCUUCGUAUCUGAUAUCUUCGCAACUGGAUGGACCGUUCUGGACUUUGCGGGAUUUCAACCCGGUGACUCGGUCGCCGUAUUUGGUGCUGGCCCCGUCGGGCUCCUGGCCGCGUACUCGGCUCUGCUGCGCGGUGCAUCUAAAGUCUACUCUGUCGACCAUGUCCAGCAGCGCCUGGAUCUUGCCGCUUCCAUAGGAUCCAUCCCAAUCAACUUCGCCGAAUCCGAUCCAAGCGAGCAGAUCCUGGCUCUCGAACCAAAUGGCGUCACUCGAAGCGUGGACUGUGUAGGUUACGAAGCCGUCAAUGCGCAGGGGGAAGUCGAACUGGGUAUCGUGCUACACAACAUGAUGAAUGUCACGAGCAGUUAUGGGGGCAUCGGAGUAGUGGGUGUCUACCUCGGAGACGAACAAAUGUCCUUGUCAAUGAGCCAGUUCUGGCGCAAAGCUCUGACCAUGGGCAGUGGCAUUGUUCUGCCACUACACCAUGCUAACGAGCUCGUCCAACUGAUUGCUAGCGGCAAGGCGUCGCCGAAUUUCAUUGUGAGCUCGACAAUUGGCAUUGAGCAGGUGCCCGAGUACUAUCGUCGCUUCGAUCAACACCUCGAGACCAAGGUCGUGAUCCGAUUUCCAUAA